AUGUUUCAAAAGACAUGACCGGCCUAUCUUAUUUCCAUUCGGAACGAGACUUCGACCGGUUCAAAUCGUUAAAAUUUAUACGUAAAAAAUUUUAAGUUACAAUAUGGCAUUGCAUAAAAUUGAUGGGGCUGCAAACAUUUCGAAACAAUUAAAUCGCUGGCGUAAUGUGGUUACUUUCAUGUGUCGACAAUCGAGAAACGCUCACAUAGCCCAGCAUCCUCUGACAACGGAGAAGGAAGUCCCCACUGAACCAGCGAAGAAGGUGACCGAAUCUUUGGUGUGGUCGAAGAACUCUCCCGUGAGCCUGCUGGUGGAGACCGGCCGAAAGCCCCAGCACAAUAGGACACUCGAGCUGAAGAAGGCAGCUGCCCAGCUCACCAGGAGCAACGAGUCCCUCAAGGCGCACUACAUAAAGAAGCGAAACGACCGCGUUGCAGAGGAACUGUUGGCCAAGGAGCCGCAGACGGCCCAAAAGCUGGCCAACUUGAUGUCCCUGAACAUCGCAAUGGUGGAGACGAAGCGCCCGCGAUCUUCUAGUGCGCCGCCAAGGCGUAUGGAAACGGAUCAUGCCACUGGAACCAUAGACUUCAAGCCGCAGAGCAACCAGAGUGUGCGCUGGCAAUAUAAGAAGCCCAAGGAGGCCAAAAGUUUCGAUGAGGAGGGCUCAAAGGACGCCAAGGAUCGUCAGAAGAGCGCUCUGAAAAGCGUUCAAAAGCUGGCUGAGCAGUCGCAGGUGGCUGAGCAACCACAACAAAAAGCAGCUGAGGUGGACUCCAAGCUCAAGAAAACCGAUAAAAUUGUCAAGACCGUGAAUAAAUUGAAAAUAGGUUCCAUUACUACUCCGAUCUCGGAAGAAAAAGCAGAUUGGCAGAAGACGCUGCAUAAACUGACAGAGUCGCCUCAAGAUCCGAUUCCCAAAAAUUUGAAUUCCCUGGCUAAGUGGAAAAUAGGUUCCAGAUCUAUCCCUCGUCUAGACAUUUAAUGCCAGGAUUUAAUUGUUCCAUGUGUUAAAUAUGAAAAGCGGACUUCAAAUCACGUCGUUUUUCGUGUUCCCAUUAAUUUCGAAGGUGUUAACAUUAAGUUUUGAGAACCCUUUUUGACAAUUAAAUAUACGGACAAAUAAAUUAAGUAGUGGAAACAAAUUAAA